CUGGGCGAGGCUGUUCCAAUAGACUAUGUGUUUUGUGAUGUGAUUAUUCUAAGUCUAUAUUCUAUAAUUGUGGUUCUGAGCUGUUCUGAGUGUUUAUAUAUGUACUGGGCACAGACUGUUCCAUAACGCAGCUUUCAUACUUUCACUUUCACUUUCAUUCUCCGUUCACUUCACGUCCAUUUUACGACCAGGAGUAAGGAGGGUGUAUCGCUCGGUCUAGUAAAGUCAUUUUUAAUCCGCUGCGAUUCCACAACCGAACGGGCUUGUAGGCUUCAGACAGUAAAGACGGGGUCGGUAAAGGGCACUGGUGGGGUGAACUUGGGAGCACCAUCACUGUUGCACUGCACCGUUAUAUGAGAGCAAACCGCUGACCUUCAUAUCUUCUUUAGGACAACAGACGAGAGCCCCCACUGAGAUGUCCAGCAUCAUGAAGGAGCCAAUAUGUCUGAUCAGCAGCGAUCAUGAGGGACGGCUGUGUGUUCAGAAAAAAGCUAAAACAAUUCUGGAAGGGAUAACUCAGCCAGUGGUAGUGGUGUGUGUGGUGGGGCUUUACCGCACAGGGAAGUCUUACCUUAUGAAUCGCCUGGCAGGGCAGCAAAAAGGUUUUGCUCUAGGCAGCACCAUUGAGUCGAAGACUAAAGGUAUCUGGAUGUGGUGUGUGCCACACCCUACUAAAGCAGAUCACACUUUGGUGCUGUUGGACACUGAGGGACUGGGGGACGUGGACAAGGGUGAUGAAAAGCAUGACACCUGGAUCUUCUGUCUGGCGGUUCUGCUCAGUAGUACUCUGGUCUACAACAGCUUAGGGAUAAUUGACAACAAUGCACUUGAGAAGUUGCACUAUGUGACAGAACUGACCGAGAAUAUUCGUGUGAGGGCACAGAGGGGAGAUGAUCAUAAUGACUCAGUAGAGUUCAUGCGCGUGUUCCCAUCAUUUAUCUGGACAGUGCGAGACUUCACACUGGAGUUGAGAAAAGAAGGCCAGCCCAUCACAGCUAAUCAAUACCUGGAGAGUGCUUUGGUGCUCAAACCUGGUAAUUCUCCUAAAAUUGAGCAGUUCAACCUGCCCAGGCGUUGUUUGCGGAACUUUUUCGCAGAGCGGCAGUGUUUUGUGUUUCCACGGCCAGCCGGAGAUGAUGACCUGAAGAGGAUGGAGGAGCUCUCAGAGGCAGAGCUUGACGCACGGUUUCUGCAGCGGGCUAAAGAGUUCUGUGACUACGUGUUUAGCAGUGCCAAACCCAAAACUGUAACAGGAGGACGUAUACUUACCGGCACCGUUCUGGGCAGCCUGACAGAAGUAUAUGUGGAGGCCAUCCGUAGUGGUCGGAUUCCAUGUCUGGAGAAUGCAGUGGAGACUCUGGCCCAGAUCCAGAAUGGGCGAGCAGUGGAACAGGGACUGGAGGUCUAUCGGAGUGAGGUAUUCAAGUAUCUGUGCUUUCCACUGGACCCAGCUGAACUCUCCGACAUCCACGCUCAAGCAGAGAAGAAGGCAGUCGAGGUCUUCAUCAGCACUUCCUUCAAUGACACUGAGCAAAAAUCACAGCUGGAGCUCAUGAGGCAGAUCCAGACUGAGUAUGAGGAGCUGUGUAGGCAGAAUCAAGAGGAGUGUGUGCACAUGUGUCGCUCAAAGCUGGAGUGCGUGUUUGCUCCUCUGGAGGAAUCUCUGGAUGAUGGCUCCUUCAUGCAGCCUGGAGGAUAUCAAGACUAUCGAGACACACUCAAGCGCCUCACAAAGGAGUACAGACAACGCACACACACACAGCUAAUGAGUGAGGAAGUGUUGAGUCAGUAUCUAAAGGAAAAGGAAAAGUUUGCAAAGAGUAUUCUGGCAGCAGAUCAAUGCCUUUCUAAAGCAGAGCAAGAGAUGGAGGUGGAGCAAUUAAAGAGAGAAGCUCUAGAACAGAAGCAGAAGGCUCUAGAAGAGCAAAAUCGACUGCAAGAGCAAGUGUUCCGUGACCAACAGAAUACCUAUGAGCAACAUAUGCACAACCUGCUGGAACGCAUGGAGAAAGAGCACGAGAGAGCAAGGGAGGAUAAUAAACGAGUGCUGGAAGCCAAACUCAAAGAGCAGGAGGCUCUGUUACAACAGGGUUUUCAGGAAAGAGCUGAUCAGAUGAAAAAGGAGAUUGAGAGCCUAAACCGGGAGAUGAAGAAAGAGGGAGAGUCAGAGCGCUCUACAAUCAGUAAGGUGGUGGACACUGUUGGCACAGCAGCAGCACUCGUUCUGCCUGGCUUUGUCCCCAAAGCUGUUGGAUUUGUCGCCUCCCUUCUAUCAAGAUUUUUUUAGAUGAUCCAACUGGUCACAGAUUUAAACUGUCAGGAGCAUCAUUACACUUUUUUCCAAGUGUACAUCAGAAGUGGCAUAAAAUAAAGGUAACAAUGAACUAUACUCAUGCUAAUACGACACUCUUAAAAUAUAAAGGUGUCUAAAGGUUUUUUAGGGCACUUUCGCAACUUACACUCUUUGGGUACUGUCCAAAGAACUGAUCCAGCAGUUCACUACUGGUGGGAAUUUCCAUGAUGGUGUGCACCAAACAAAAUUCAACAUGCUUUGUUAUUCUUCUAGCAGUGCAUUAGUGCUGUACUGGCCUCAUUAGCUGCCCGUUUUGCUGUCUCUUGAUAGAUGCUCACAUCAUCAAGAGCAAUAAGUAAUAACAAAAAUGGGUGGAUAUCAGGAUAGGAUUAUUAGUAAUGAUUUGUCUAUUUGUCUAUGAUAUUUCUAUUUUAUCUAUUUCAAUAGUGGCAAACAUGAGAGUAACAGAGCACUUGUAUCCAGACCAAAUUUCUGACCUGUAAACAAACACCUUUGUAAUUUUGUAAUUUCAUGCACUUUAGCAGUUGCCGUCGAAGUUGCAAUUGAACCAAAGCGAAAAAGAUACAAGAUAAACCGGCUAAGAAGAACCACUGUUUCAGUGUUUCAUAAGAUUCUUUAAAGGUUUCUUUAAAGGGUGAAAGGGGAGAAAGGCAUUGCUUCAAAGAACCCUUUUGAUAUCUUUGUUUUUAAGAGUGUACUAGGAAGUAUAAUAUAAGACAAAUAUCACAAGCUUAGUAAUAGUCCAUUACAGCCUAUUACAGCAUACUAUUGCAUACCUAUAUGCAAUGUUCAUACCUCUAUGCCUAUUCUUUCUUUAACCUUUCUCUGGUGAGGAACUAUAGGUGAAAAUAUUUAAUGCAAACUGAAUGGUGCCGUUCUAGCUAACUCUGACAUGUUCAAUAUUAUUGUUACAUGUUUUUUAAAUUUGCUUCGGAGAUGUCACUAGAACUGACGCCAAUGUAAAGCAGACUGUGGACAAAUGUGUCUUAUGUAUUUGUCCCUGAAUUUUUUUAUAAUAUUAUCAAGCAACAUUUAAUUAAUGUAUUUUCCUUUUUAAAACAUAAAUAUUUGCUUGACAAAGACUAUAGAAGGUCCCAAAAAUUGUUAGAAAUAACAGUCUGUAAUGUGUACUUCAACUGAGUGGUGAUGGUGAUGCUUUUUUAUUUGCAAAUUCUUUCACACAAAUCUCUUCAUCUUACAUUUUGUGUUUUUACAGCAAUGGCUUCUAUAAUGAACCAACAGUUUCAUAAUCAUGUUUUUUGUGCUCUGUUGUUCUUUGUUAUCAGCAGUGCUUUGUUAAAAGUUUACUGGUUUUGUUUUCACAACUGAAAUGUGUGUAUGUAUAUAUAUUAUAGUGAGUGUGUGUGAAUAAAGUGGAUUACUUGACAUCCAA